GAAUCCAGAGAAGCCUGCUGUCAGAUCCAGCGCCGUCUGGGAGCCCCUAAUUGUUGCUCCAGGUUCUUUCAGGUGUACGUGUCUGUUGUUCCCAGUGCUCUACUGGGCUAGAGAAAGAGGAGGAACCUGUCCUGAAUCCUCGCAGUGAAAAUGAAGGAAAGCCUGAGAACCAAGGCAAGAUGGAAAACAAAGAACAGCCACUGGUUGCGGGAAAGCCGGGAGUAGCUUGUCCUGUGGAAGACAAGGAAAAGUUAGAAAACAAGGGAAGGGCAGAUCUCAGGGGAAAGACAGAAGAUGAGGAAGUACUAAAGGAUAAGGAAAAGCCAGAGAGUGAGGCAAAGCCAAAAGAAGGAAAUCCAGAGAGUGAGGGAAAGCCAGUGAGCGAGGGAAAGCCCGUAAGUGAGGGAAAGCCAGUGAGCGAGGGAAAGCCAAAAGAAGAAAAGCCAGCCAGCAAACCAAGGGCUGCAGGAAAGUGCCCAGCUGGGGAUGAUGUACCCAGGAAGGCCAAAAGAAAAACCAACAAGGGGCUGGCUCAGUGUCUCAAGGAAUACAAGGAGGCCAUACAUGAUAUGCAUUUGAGCAAUGAAGCGAUGAUAAGAGAAUUUGACGAGAUGGCCAGGGUGGAGGAUGAGGUGUAGAAAACCAGACAGAAAUUGGAUGCAAAAAAGUUUACAGGACCCCUUCCACCCGAAGGGCCCAAGGGAACUCAGGGGUGGCUGCAGGGCCCCACAAAGGGGCUUUGAAGACAUUCCUUUUGUGUAGUGCCCCUGGCAGGCAUUUGCAAGGCCCUAUGCUUUAUUUAACCUUAUGCUAAUACUAUGCUUUAGGUGUCACUCUCUUUAUCCAACUGCAGCCCUGUGUGUUUCAGUAGCAGAUUUUCAUCCAUUGCAUGGAAAAAUGUUUAUGGUGCAUUGUAAAAUGUUUUAAAAACCAGUUUUCAGAACCAUAUAUACGGCAUCAGUCCAUUUUUGUAAAACUACAAAGAUACUUACCUAGUGAUCCAUGUACAGAAAAAACUCGGAAAGCUGUGUCUACUAAAAGAUUAACAGUGGUUUAAAAAAAAAAAAAAAGAAUCCAGAGAAGGGAGGUGGUGCACUCAAGGCGACACAGCCAGAGACACAGUCAGGGCUAACGCCUACCCUCCUGACAUUUUCAUGGACAAUAUCUUUUAUUGAGCUAAGUUUCUGAAACCUGACCAGAGAGAAGGUGACCAACAAAAAAAUACCCAGAGCAAACCCACCCCCAAAGCAAGGUGGUAUGUCAUAUGCUGCACAGCACAGACCUUCAGCAAGAAACAAAGCGAUAGCGUGAGCCUACAGCGCCCCCUAGUGGACCAAACCUUAUUUCACGACCAAAGACAUCAAAAUACAAUCCCCAGGCCACAGGUACCGUAGCCACCCAGCGUGUCUGACACUGGAAGGCAAAAACUCCCAAGGCCUACAGGAGGAGCUCCAUGGACCUCUGCUGCAGAGCAGAGGUGAUAAAGCAUCCAGAAUUUGGUGUCAGACCUGUUACUUACAGCUUAAAAUGAGAGAAGGCUGUGAGGCAGGCCACACAGGGGUUGCACCCAAGGACAGUAACAGCAAGCGAGAGCUGUAGGGGGCAACUUAUGUAUGGCAAGCAGGGUGGGGUUAAUUAGUUUUCAAGAGUUCUCUGUUGAUUGGCUAAGUUGAAAAACUUUGUAGGCUUGGAGCAGAGGAGCUGUCCCUAGUCAUCUAUUCCCAGUCCCCAGGACAAUUAGGGCUGGUUCCUAGUGAUCCCAGAGUACACACAAGAGGCUAAUGGGGGAAGUGACUGGGGUAUGGACCUAACUCCUCAAAAAGGGGAACUGACCGGUCCUCAAAACUGGGUCAAGAAAGCAUUUGAACAAACUAUAUUACAGGGGAGGUCUGAAGAAACAGAAAAAACUUUGGAAAGGAAACAAAAGAUUGCAAACAGUUAAAUUACAAAUGGGCUGUUUCGUUUUGUUUUUUGACAAUAACUAAAAAUUACUGCACAUUUGAAAACUA